AUGAAGCUCUCCUUUUCCCUCCCCAAGACUGCGAAACCAGUCGGCGCAGCACCACCUCUCAAGAAACCAGCAGCAUUUGCAUCCCUCGGUGAUGACGACCAUGUCGACGCUGCCCCAACGUUGUCCGACAAUAAGACUGCGGCAGCAAACAAGAAACUAUUGGCUCAGAAUGUCGAAUCUUCAAAGGCCGCGAGGAAACGCAUGGAGCAGGAGAUGAAGGUUGAUUCUACUGUGUAUCAGUAUGAUGAAGUUUGGGAUAGGAUGCAAGAGGUUAAGCUCAAGCAGAAGGAGGCGAAAGAGGUUGAUUCCAAACAACGAAAGCCCAAGUACAUCGAAGGCCUUCUAACUUCGGCUGCCACGCGACGUCUGGACCAUUUGCGUGCAGAGGAGAAGAUGAUGCAACGAGAAAGGGAAGCCGAAGGGGACGAAUUUGCCGACAAGGAGGCCUUCGUCACACAGGCAUACAAGGAUCAAAUGGCUGAGGUCCGGAGAGCGGAGGAGGAAGAGCGACAGCGAGAAGAGGCUGACAAAAAGAAACAAAAGGGAGCACCGACUGGCAUGGCCCAUUUCUACCGUAAACUCCUGGAAGACUCAGAACAACAACACGAAGAGGCUGUGGCAGCAACGGAGACUAAACGCGUCAUUGGUCCACAAGGACCUGUUCCAAAUCUAACUAUCACCAAGCCCCCAGAAUUGACACCAAAAUCAGACCUUCAGCUUGCGCAAUUAGCUAGAGAGCAAGGCAAAGACGUCGAGCUCAACGACGAUAAUCAAAUCGUUGACAAGCGGGAAUUGCUCUCUGCUGGCUUAAACUUAUCUGCUCCCAACACGCGACGACUUGGGCUCCAGCUCUCGAAGCAAGCUGCCGGGACGAGUGAGGUCCAAGCUCACCAGGCAGUAGGAACAGCAGCAAGUCGGAGGGAAAUCAAUGAACGCCGCGCACGGGAAAUCAAGCAACAGCUGGAAGAGGAGCGUGAACGGAUGUCAAAGCAGAAAGAAGCACACGAAGAAGAGGCAAGACAGCGAACAAUAUUGAAGCGGAACACACAAGAGGAUGUGCAGGAUAUCCGCGCACGUUACCUAGCGAGAAAAAGACAGAAACUGGAGGAAGCGGAGGUGGUUAGUGGAGGUGACGAUUCGAUAUCGUAA